AUGUGUGUUAGUUAACUAUUUGGAAAUGUCGUUAAAAAUGGGCACAAGGUGACCGACAAUAAUAUGGUAGGUCCGGCGGCGUCAAUAUGCAAUUCCAACCUACCGUUAUAAAUUCAAUUCCCACCACCACCGCCGCCGCCGUUGGCCGCUCUCUCCUUCGCCUCUGCGUACGACCUACAUGUAAAAUUAAACAAAUUAAAGUAAUGGUUUAUUAGCACAACAAAUCAAUUUAUUAAAAAAAAAAAAAAGAUUACGUUUUUUCCCCGACAAUGGCUUCCAUCAACAGAGAAGGUGAGAGAGAUCUCGAGAUGGGCGUCAAUGUCGAGCCUCCGUCACCAUCGCCGUCACCCUCUCCGCGUGCGCCGGCGUUGGUGGUAUCAGCUUCCAACAAAACCCUAGCUGCUUCAAGUUCCGGCAAGGCUCUGGUGGUCUCGAACUCCGGUAAAGCCCUAAUCGUUUCAAAUUCCGGCAAGAGAUUCGACCAAUCGGGAAAGAAGAAGUACGUGAAGCAGGUUACUGGUCGGCACAACGACACCGAGCUCCAUUUAGCCGCACAGAAGGGUGACCUGGAUGCAGUGAGGCAGAUAAUUGGGGAAAUCAACGAGCAGAUGCUUCAGACUCUGAAGGGGGCGGAUUUUGAUGCUGAAGUGGCGGAGAUCAGGGCGGCCGUAGUUAACGAGGUCAACGAAUUGGGGGAGACCGCUCUUUUCACGGCGGCAGAGAAGGGGUACAUUGAUGUGGUGGAGGAGUUGUUGCCUUACACUACGGAUGAAGGAAUUAGGACAAAGAAUAGGUCAGGUUUUGAUCCAUUACACAUUGCUGCAAGUCGAGGCCAUCAUGAUAUUGUCCAGAUACUGCUAAAGCAUGAUCCAGAGCUGAGCAAAACAGUUGGUCAAUCAAAUGCAACUCCUCUGAUAUCUGCAGCAACUAAAGGACAUCUAACAGUUGUCAAGGAAUUGCUUUCAAAGGAUUCUAGCUUGUUAGAGAUACCAAGGUCCAACGGUAAAAACGCAUUACAUUUAUCUGCCCGUCAAGGCCAUGCAGAUAUCGUAAAAGCAUUGCUUCAGAAGGACCCUCAAUUGGCCAGAAGAACCGAUAAGAAAGGACAGACUGCACUUCACAUGGCUGUAAAAGGCGUUAGUCGGGCAGUUGUGAAGUUGCUUCUGCAGGCAGAUGCAGCUAUUGUCAUGCUUCCCGACAAAUUCGGUAACACUGCUUUACAUAUCGCCACAAGGAAAAAGCGUGCUGAGAUUGUGAAUGAGCUCUUGAUGCUUCGUGACACAAACGUUAAUGCGCUGACAAGAGACCACAAAACUGCUCUAGACAUAGCCGAAGGACUCCCUCUAUCCGAAGAGAUUGUGGAAAUAAAAGAGUGCUUGGCUCGUUAUGGUGCUCUCAGAGCCAACGAUCUGAACCAACCGCGAGACGAGCUUCGGAAAACCGUAUCGGAAAUCAAGAAAGACGUGCACACUCAGCUCGAACAAGCCCGCAAAACGAACAAAAACGUAAACGGUAUAGCAAAGGAGCUAAGGAAGCUCCACAGAGAAGGCAUAAACAACGCCACCAAUUCAGUCACGGUGGUGGCGGUUCUUUUCGCCACGGUGGCAUUUGCCGCCAUCUUCACAGUUCCUGGCGGCGACGAUAAUAACGGGAUGGCGGUGAUGGUGAGCAGCCCGUCUUUCAAGGUGUUCUUUAUAUCUAACGCGGUGGCACUCUUCACUUCGUUGGCGGUGGUUGUGGUGCAAAUAACGGUGGUGAGGGGCGAGAUAAAAUCGGAGAGGAGGGUUGUGGAGGUGAUCAAUAAGCUGAUGUGGCUGGCAUCCGUUUGCACCACCGUGGCUUUUAUCUCAUCCUCGUACAUUGUUGUCGGGCGGCAUCAUAGGUGGGCGGCGAUUCUUGUCACCGUGACUGGAGCGGUUACUAUGGCUGGGGUUUUGAGUGCUAUGACGUAUUAUGUGGUGAAAUCGAGAAGGAUAAGGAGAGUGAGGAAGAAAGAAAAGUACUCGAGGAGUGGAGGGAGUUCGUGGCGUCACUCCGAAACCGAUUCGGAAGUAAAUCCUAUAUAUGCUAUUUGAAUUUUUCUUAUAAAGAAACAGAUCAGUCUGGAGAAGUCAUAUGAUAUGUUCAGCUCGAACACAUCAUAUUUGUCAUUGGGGAUGUAAUAAAGAAACUAACUGAUUUGGUGGGGCCAAAGUUAAGCUUCUGGAGAGAGAGAGAAAGAGAGAUGUAUAUAUAGAGAGAGAGAGAGAGAGAGGGAGUACUCAUGGUGAAUACUAUGUCGGCAAAGUGUAACACAAAAGAUACUGUUCAUAACAACAAAAUUCAUCAAGAAUUUAUUUAUGGUCAAAAGUUUGCUCCCAUUAUUA